AUGAUUUGUUUGCAGGUGACGAGGAUGAAGUGUGGAGGAAUUGUAGUGGGUUGUUGUUUUGAUCACAGAAUAGUAGAUGGAAUAAGCAGCACUAUUUUCUUUCAAGCAUGGACAGAGGCUGCUCAAGGUCUCUCAUCUUCUUUUAUCACGCCUUGCUUUGAACGCUCACUCCUCAAUCCUCGGUACCCUCUCAACACUGGUGCCAUUGAUAAGCAUUACAUGGCACUGCCUUUCUCUGCUCUCGAUCGCACUGAUCCUCCUGCACCCCAAAUUGGGCGCAUCUAUCAUUUGGAUGCUCUCACGCUUCUCCAAUUACAGGCUCUGGCUAACCAAUCUCAAGGAAAACCCCGUGUUGGGAAACCCAUAACAAAGAUGGAAGCAGUCUCUUCCUAUAUUUGGAAACUUUUUGCUCGCGCCCAAGCUUUAACCUCUUCAGAACCAACCAGAAUCGGUAUCCCGAUCGACGGACGUGCAUACCUGAACCUCCCUCCUUCCUACUUCGGAAAUGUGAUAGCAAUUCCUUUCAAGGAGAGUUAUGCAGAGCACAUAUUAGUGCAGCCAUUAAGCAAGAUAGCAAAAAUUGUACGCAACGUUAUAACUGGUUCUGCAAACAGUGAGUAUUUCAUGUCCUUUGUGGAUUGGGUGGAGGAAAAGAGACCAGCAGCGAUGUUAGCGAGAGUUUAUGGGGAGGAAGGGUCUGCCGUGGUGGUGUCGUCGGGAGUGAGGACUCCAUUGUAUCAAUUUGACUUCGGUUGUGGUAAGCCCACGUUUUCAAGUGUAUAUUUUCCAUGGGGAGGAACAGCAGGGUAUGUGAUGUUGCAGGCGAGCCCCCUGGGAGAUGUGAAUAUGGUGGUGUAUAUGCACAUGGUUAAGAAGGACUUAGACGCCAUUGAAACUGAUCCUGAGUUUUUGUUCGUGAGAGUCAGUCGAAUGAAUUUCUGGUAG